CGUAGGUGGUGGCGCAUGCGCAAAUGUGACUGAUGCGGGUGUGUUGUGGAGUGUGUAAGUGUGUGAGAAGAUGAAAAGCAGGUUUAAUACCGUGGACAUCAGAGCAGUGAUCUCUGAACUUAAUCACAAGUAUGUGGGGAUGCGAGUGUAUAAUGUCUAUGACAUUGACAGUAAGACCUACCUCAUCCGCCUGCAGAGGCCGGACAGUAAAGCCGUCCUGCUGGUCGAGUCUGGCAUACGGAUUCACUCCACAGACUUCGAGUGGCCCAAAAACCUCAUGCCCUCUGGGUUUGCUAUGAAAUGCAGAAAACACCUGAAGUCCAGGAGACUGGUACACAUAAAACAGCUCGGUGUGGACCGGAUUGUGGACCUUCAGUUCGGCUCUGGAGAAGCUGCGUACCACCUUAUAGUCGAGUUGUACGACAGAGGGAACAUAAUCCUGACCGAUCAUGAGUUUACUAUACUGAACCUGCUGCGCUUCCGUACCGCCGAGGCAGAGGAUGUGAAAAUCGCAGUGAGAGAACGAUACCCCAUAGAGAAUGCUCGACCUUCUGAAGCCCUCAUCAGCCUGGAGAGGCUUACAGAUAUUUUAUCCAAAGCUCAGAGUGGAGAGCAAAUAAAACGGAUUCUAAAUCCACACUUCUCUUAUGGAGGCACUCUGAUCGAACACUGCCUUAUAGAAGUCGGUCUUCCUGGUCUUUUAAAAAUGGACAGUCACUUUAACAUGUCAGAAGCUGGGCCAAAACUUCUGGAGGCCUUGCAGAUGGCAGAGACGUACAUGGAGAAAGCAGCAAACUUUGAUGGAAAGGGUUUCAUCAUUCAGAAAACGGAAAAAAAGCCAAGCAUGACUCCAGACAAACCCCAUGACGAGUUACUCACGUACGAAGAAUUUCACCCAUUUUUCUUUUCCCAACACUUAAAGAGCUCAUAUGUUGAGUUUGAGUCUUUUGACAAGGCUAUCGAUGAGUUUUUCUCCAAGAUGGAGAGUCAGAAGAUUGACAUGAAAGCACUUCAGCAGGAGAAACAAGCCCUGAAAAAGCUGGAGAAUGUAAGAAAGGAUCAUGAACAAAGGUUGGAGGCUCUUCACCAGGCUCAGGAGGUGGACCGUUUAAAGGGCGAGUUGUUGGAAAUGAAUCUCCCCAUUGUAGAGCGAGCGAUUCAGGUGGUCUGCAGCGCUCUGGCUAAUCAGGUGGACUGGGCGGAGAUCAGCCUAAUUGUUAAAGAAGCUCAAGCAGCAGGAGAUCCUGUGGCAUGUGCCAUUAAAGAGCUAAAACUACAAACCAACCACAUCACUAUGCUACUGAAGAAUCCAUAUAUUGGCCCAGAGGAAGGAGAGGAAGAGGACAACGGUUUAGAAAAUAAUAAAGAAGCUUCUGAGCAGCCCAAGAGGAAGAAAAAUAAAGAUAAAGGACAGAAAGGAAAGAUCCAGAAGGAUAAACCCAUACUAGUGGAUGUGGAUCUGGGAUUAUCUGCUUAUGCCAACUCAAAGAAGUAUUAUGACCACAAACGGAACGCUGCCAAAAAGCAGCAGAAAACAGUAGAGGCAGCAGAGAAGGCCUUCAAGUCUGCUGAGAAAAAAACCAAGAAAACCCUGAAGGAGGUCCAGACGGUGACGACAAUUCAAAAAGCAAGAAAAGUUUUUUGGUUUGAAAAGUUCUUGUGGUUCAUCAGCUCAGAGAACUACCUCAUCAUCGCUGGACGAGACCAGCAGCAGAAUGAGAUGAUCGUUAAACGUUACCUGCGACCAGGGGACAUCUACAUCCAUGCUGAUCUUCAUGGAGCCACAAGCUCCGUCAUCAAAAAUCCAUCUGGUGAUCCUGUUCCACCACGCACACUUACUGAGGCCGGAACAAUGGCUGUGUGCUACAGUGCUGCUUGGGAUGCCAAAGUGAUCACCAGUGCUUGGUGGGUUCAUCAUCACCAGGUGUCCAAAACUGCACCAACAGGAGAGUACUUAACAACAGGAAGCUUCAUGAUUAGAGGGAAGAAGAAUUUCUUACCCCCUUCGUAUCUUAUUAUGGGCUUUGGAUUUCUCUUCAAAGUGGAUGAGCAGUGUGUGUUUAGACACCGGGGGGAGAGGAAGGUUAAAACUCUGGAGGACGACGUGGAAGAAAUGAGCUCCAGUACGGCAGAGCUUUUAGAAGAGGGAGAGGAGCUGCUGGGAGACGACAGUGCAAAUGAAGGAGAAGCCGGCGGUGAAAACGCAUCAGAGGAAGAUAAUAUAGAAGAAGCACAAGAUAAAGAUAUUCCACAAAGUGUGCAAGCAGAACAGAACAUCGAAGCUACUGAGGAGCAGUCAGGAGAAAUCCAGAUUGAGACACCAAAUCAAGAAGAAGAAGAGGAAGAGGAGCAGGAGGAGGUUAAUGAACAGAAAGGAGAAAAAGGGAUUGAUGAAGAGACCGAGAGUGAGGAGGAGAGUACUGACAUCAGUUUUCCAGAUACCAAAAUCCUGCUUACACACCUUCAGUCUAGCAGGGGAAUCACCAACGCUGGUUUCAAACAAGAUGUUUCAUCACAGGACGUCACUCCAGCACACAGCAGAAAGUACAUGACUGCAAAGCAGAGAAGGGACAUGAAGAAGAAGCAAAAACAGGGGAGCAUUGAACAUCUGGAAGAACCUGAGAUGAAAAAAGAGGAGAUCCGUAGUAUUUCUGCAACCAGCCAGAGUUUUAAGAGUGGAGGAGCUGCUCAGCCUCUGAAGAGAGGACAGAAGAACAAGCUGAAAAAAAUCAAGGACAAAUACAAAGACCAGGAUGAGGAGGACAGAGAGAUUAUGAUGAAGCUACUUGGGUCUGCAGGCUCUAAUAAAGAAGAGAAGGGCAAGAAAGGAAAGAAGGGAAAAGAGGAGCCAGUGAAGCGAGCAUCUCAGAAACCUGCUCAAAAACCCAGAGCUCCAGCAGCUGUGGUGAAGAAAGAUGAAGAUCCAGGGGCUGAUCACAGCCAAGCUGGACAGCAGAGCACAGAACAGGACGACAAGGAUGGUGAUGAUUUGGAUCAGGAGAAUCCUGGAGCAGAGGAACAUGAAGAUUUUCUUGACAGUCUCACUGGUCAGCCACAUCCAGACGAUGUUCUACUCUUUGCAGUACCUGUGUGUGCACCUUACACAGCUCUCUCCAGUUACAAGCAUAAAGUUAAACUGACUCCUGGGACACAGAAGAAAGGAAAAGCUGCUCGAACUGCUGUGUUCAGCUUCAUGCAUGCGAAAGAAACCAGUGCCCGAGAGAAAGACCUGUUCCGCAGUGUGAAGGACACGGAUCUGUCACGCAACAUGCCUGGCAAAGUGAAAGUAUCUGCUCCGAACCUUCUGGCAGCAAAAAAGAAGUAAAUUUCUGUAAUACUGGUUCAGGUGGAGACCAUAUUGAUCUGAUCAAGAAAACCCUCAGCCGGUCCACGUCCUGUAUGUGCUCGUCUUAGUGGAGCUUGGAUGUUGUAUCAUAAAUGCUAAAUUACAGUUAAUUAACACACAAAUAAAAGACAAUAAUUCCACACCUUUAUAGUUGUGUAUCGCAGGGGGGAAAUACGGGUCUUUAUAUUCGUUUAAAGGAGUUUCAAGUGAUUCUGCUACAAAUCAGUCCAGACCAUGGAUUUUAGAGAGAUUUGUUCAAAACUGAAUAAAAGAGAGAGAACAUUAAA